AUGGAAAUUUCUUCCAAGGCUAACUGGCACCACAAGGCCUUCAUUCCAACAUGCACCAUUCUCAGUUUCGCCUGCGUUUCCAUGCUUUUGCUUCACUGGCACUGGCAGUGGCAGACACUGACUUAUACUCCUGCCACAUCAGUUGACAAGGACCGGCGUUUCGCUCUCGUCAUACCUGCCACCGGUCCUAGCCCCGAACUUUGCAAAACCGUCGUUACUGGACUCGCACUUGGUUACCCGAGCCCAGUUAUUGUCAAUUGGGGAGUUGACCAUCGCGCUCUCACACAUUGGCGAGGGGGUCGCAACUUGGUAAAAGUACCUGGUGUGGUCGAGUUUCUCGAAGCAGCCACACGGCCAGACGCGCACCCAUCCGAACGACUAGACGACGACGACAUUGUACUGAUUGUCGAUGGAUACGACAUUUGGUUCCAACUGCCGGCCCAGGUGAUGCUUGAGCGAUAUCACAAGAUCAACCGGGAAGCCAACGAGAGGCUACAAAAAGAAUGGAACAAACAUCAAAGAGGACCAAUGCCGAUGCGACAGACUAUAAUUGGGGCAAGUGGCAAGAGAUGCGACCCUAAGAACGAAAACAGGGGCACAAAGAUGCAGUGCGAUGUGUGGCCCGAGAGCCCUCUACGCAAGGAUCUCUAUGGCCCCGACACAGACAAGGACAAGUCAUGCUGGGAGGCUCCUAAGACUUGGGACGAUUUGGAUAUUGAACACAUUGAAACAGACCAUACAGGCCGGGUCAAGCCACGCCACUGCGAAACCGUCAGGCCAAGAUGGCUUAACGGUGGCCUCUACAUGGGACCUGCUGGCGAUUUGAGACGUCUGUUCCGUCGCUGCUUGUUUACCAUGCAGACGGGAAUCGGCAAGGGAAUCAAAAUGCGCAGUGAACAGUCUCUUGCAUACGAAGCCAUAGCCGAACAGGAGGUCUAUCGACAAUGGCAGAGGCUGAAUGGUAACCCGAAACGUGGUAUAUCAGAGUUAAUGGGCGACAAGUUGGAAUAUCACAUCGGCCUUGAUUACGCCGAGGAGCUGUCAGUCCAAACCCAGUGGGCACAAGAUAGAAAGGGAAGGGACCAUGGUGCAUUUGUGACACUGGGCAACCAAGAAGCUAUUGACCAACACUCUAAAGCUCUGGGGAUCUCGCCAACAAGACUUCGGGGCUUGCCGGAUGAUAUCAAGUCAGUACCGAACCCACUGGCACUUCUCCAGCCCGGCGCCAACUGGACCGAUAUGCCUCUAUAUGUAGAUUUCUUCACCGAGUCCGUCUCCGCCAUUUUACACCACAACGGUGUCGGUUCACUGAAGACACAUCGAUCUACAUGGUGGGACAGACCAUGGUACUAUCAACACCUCCGAAAGCUUCUUCACAUUCGACUGAGAGCGAAAGGGGAGCCUGAUGAUCCUCUGGCGACGGUACAGACGGCCAAUGGCCGUGUCAGAUACUGGGCUGCCACCGCAGAGCAGACGAGCAAGUAUCCCAGGCAGAUGAAGAAAACGUUGAAGGGCAGAUUGGACAAGAUGAAGUUUGGAGACAUUUGUCGGCACAAGCACUCUGCGCCAGAGGGGCCUAAUCAGGAGUGGUGGGAGGAGGUCUUUCGCGACACUGGUGGUCCAUGGGGUACCUAG